UGUGUGUGUGUGUGUGUGUGUGUGUGUGUGUACGUGUGUACGUAAUUCCUUGGAAAAAUCCCAUCUAGGGUGUAUUCCUGCCUCGUAGCCAAUAUUCCUGGGAUAGGCCCUGGAUUCACCUGAACACUGACCAGGAUAAAGUGGUCACUGAAGAUAGAUGAGUGACUCAAUGAACGAAAGUCUUUCUUUCAUUUACUGAAAAACUGGUUGACGUGUGCCAAUCCCUGUGUGUACCUCAUAAGGACAUAUCCGAUUUGAGUUCUUGGAUGUUAAGGAAUGUUUGCACCAGAUAAUGUCUCAGGCCUUGGGAUAACAUGCUUAUUUGAAAUGGUUUGUGAAAAUUGGGAUUAAGGUGUUUUGAACUCAAAGGUAAGUGAUGUGUUGAAAAUUGCAUUGGGAAAAAAAUUGGUAUUGAGAUGGUAGAUGGUAUUCUUCAAAGGGGAGUUGAGUGACGAAGUACUUUGAAGAAGAGUAUGUGAUCUUGGAAGACAUGUCAGACAUGGAACUGAAUUCAUUUUUGUUGUAGCAGUAGACACUAUUGUGGUGUGAAAUGUUAUUCGAGUGGAUUUUACAAAAGGAUCUGAUUAGUGUGUUUGUAAUCUAUCAAAUCUGAGGGUUAUUUUUUUUUUCGCAUUGAGAGAGCUGGGGAAAUUGUAAGGAAUGAAUGUUGGAUUGCUCAGGAUGCACGUUUAAGUUUUUCUUCUUGAGAACCGGAGUCGUGUUAUGGUGGCGGAUAAGACAAGGGAUUAAGUAAGCUUGUUACCCAAAGCAAGAAAUAAGUAACAUGCAGUUGGAGUCAUAAUUUAUUCUGUGUGCACGUAUGAUAAUCGCUCUUUGGUCCACAAUUAGGCUUUGGUUUUUGGAAUUAUGGAAGACCUUGAAUACUGUGUCAUGGUGGACCAUGGCCAAGAUGGAGAUAACAGUAUCAUGUGUACUUUUGUCUGCAGGUGCUGUUGUGUGUGCCAUCAUGGCGGUGGUCAUCCGCUUACGGGGACUUAGAAUCACAGCUGGUUCUGACGACAUUCGCAAUUUCUUCACUGGCCUUAGAAUACCCAAUGGUGGGGUUCAUAUAAUUGGUGGAGAACUUGAGGAAGCGUUCAUAAUUUUUGCAUCCGACGAAGAUGCGAGACGAGCGAUGACUCGCUCAGGAGGAUGCAUUAAGGGCUCUCCAGUCACCUUGCUUUUGAGUAGCAGGUCAGAGAUGCAGAAGGUUCUUGAGGAUAGCACGAGGCAAUCCGAAGCAAAUAAUAGAAGGAAUUACAAGGAGGUUGUCAAAAGACCAGCUGAAGGAAGAUCGUCACUGCAUGAAGACGUGAACAUAGAUAUGCGAAGAGGAGAAAAUCAAAACCUGGGAAACAGACCACCUCUAGCUUCUCCUAAUGAUCCUCGAAGUCUGAAGAGAGAUGGAGACAGCCUCUAUUUGUACUUGUCUGGAAUGCCAUUCUCAGCAACGAAGGAGGACCUCCGUGUCUUUUUUGACGGUAUACAAUUCGAUGACCUAAUCUUUAUGCGAAACAGGUAUGGAAUGUUUAAUGGAUGUGGUUUGGUCAAAUUUACAACCAGAGAGGAUGCCAGUGAAGGUCUGAAAAGGGAUCGAAAAUUCAUUGGGCCACGUUACAUCAGAGUAAUGCCAGCCUCAGAACAUCAGUGGAUCAGAUCUGGGGGCUCGGUUGUAUCUGUUGGUGCAAGUCGGGGAUCUCGAACAAGAUCUCGCUCUCCAGUUCGCCAUCGUUCACAUUCUCCUUCCAAUGAAGAGUUUGGGGUGUUGUAUGAAAACCUCCCAUAUUCAGUUGGAAAACGGGAUAUAAAAGCCUUACUCCAUCCUCUGUCAUUGACCGAUGACCAGAUCAGUAUUUUUGUUGAUAGAAAUAAUAAUAGGAGCAAAUUGGCUAUUGUGGUGUUCAAGAAUCUAAAAGACUAUUGUUCUGGCCUGGCUCACCACAAGGAAACCUUUCUGCACAGUGUUGUUUAUGUGUCUCCCAUCUCUAAAGAAAAGAUUGCCGCUAUGCUAGAAUCUACUGAUAACCCAAGAGAAGAACAGCGCAGAUCCAGCAGAUCAUCUGAACCAGCACAGAGUGUUUAUGACUCUGAGAAAAGGUGCAUAUAUGUUCGCAACUUGCCUUUCGAUGUCCGGAAAGUAGAGAUCAUGGACUUCUUUCAUGGAUUUCAGCUUUCGGACGACAGGCUUAUCCUGCUCCAUGAUGACAGAGGAACUGGGCUUGGUGAGGCUUUAAUCAUUUUUCAGACCGAAAAGGAGGCACUUAUGGCACAGUCUUUAAACGGGCAACGAUUUCUUGGAUCAGAGGUCAUGCUGAAGUGCAUCACCUGGGCUCAGAUGCAAGAAUUUGGUAUUGACAGCAGCCGCAUGCCUGAGAGGAACUUUCAAAGAGAGACGCCAAGAUACGACAGCGAGCCAAAUUUCCUUAAUGACCGAAUGCAUCAAGAAAAUUGUGACAUUAUGCCUGAUCCUAACUAUGGUCUUGGAAAGAGUAGUGUUCCAUUGGAGCAUUUUGAAAACCCGGCCACUUACGGAGGGGAGGCAUGUGGUCCAGACAAUCAUCAGUAUGGACCACCAAAACAACAAUUUAAUCAGCCGACGUGCGUCAGGUUGCACAACCUACCCUCUAAGAUAAGGGUUGAUGAAAUUUAUGACUUCUGUUAUGGGUACAGAGUAAUUCCAGGGUCGGUCUUGUUGCAGUAUACUAGGAGUGGAGCACCUACAGGCACUGCAACUGUUGUGUUUGAAAACCACAGUGAGGCUCUCACUGCUGUCCAGGAAUUAAAUGGAAGACCCAUUGGUACAAGGAAAAUUAACAUUAUGCUAGUGUAGAAUGAGACAUUGGGCAUUUCAUAAGUAAGCUGUUUAUAAUGAUUAGUCCCUUUUUUUUUCUUUUUUUUUUAUUAAUUUGCUAAAUAUUAAACUUUUUCUUGCCUCUAGGUAGUAAUACAACAAAGAUUACAUGAAUUAAAUGAACUUUUAUUCUUUUAGAAACUUAAGUUAUGCUAUGAUUUAUAACCUUUUUUUUCUUUCCAGAAUCGUUUGUUCAUUUGUUCAUAAAUGAAUGUGUAGUGAUGUUGAUUUAUGAACCACUCUAUUUUUCAUUUAAGGUGGAUGCCUACUUUUUAUGACAUGCACCUAAUACAUGUAUACUGUAUAGUUAUUUAAAAUCAUAUAACAGCAUUUUCUGGUGUUCAUUAUGUACAAAAUGGUCCAAGACAUCAGUGUGAAAUAACAGUAAAAAAACAAAACAAACUAAUUUUGGAUAAAUAAUAUGCAAAGUUCAAUGAAAAACAAAAUAGAAACAUUACAAUGUUCUUCUCAAUGUUGGUUGAAAUUUGUCGAUGCUACUGAUCAAGGCGUAAACUGUCUAUGCCCAUAAAAAGAGGACCAGCCUGCUAUUCUGCUCAAACAGGGAUAAUCUGGAUUCACCACUGUCUCAAAUUUAGUCUCAUUGGCCACUAUAAUAGGAACACUUGUAUCCCUGCUCAUUCAUGAUCAAUACAGGUUCUCAGUUUAAAGUGAUUGGUUAGUGUAGAGCAGCGGCGCCCAAUCUUAUCCACAAAGGGCCGGUGUGGGUGCAGGUUUUCAUUCCAACCAAGCAGAAGCCACCCCUGAUUCCACCUGUUUAAUCAGUUGUUCUUGGCUUUUAGUAGACUCUGGUGUGGCUUCUGCUCGGUUGGAAUGAAAACCUGCACCCACACCGGCCCUUUCCCGAUAGGUUUGGACACUGCUGGUGUAGAGGGACAGAUUAUUAUAUGUUAGCUUUAGUUAGCAUUUCUAUUCAUUGUCACACAGGAGAAAAGGACAUUCAUGAUUUCCAGCCUGGAUGAGGUUAAAGCAGACCCACAGCUGCCUUCUCCUGAUCUUAUCCCUAGAGUACAUGAAGAUGCCAUGACCCUUUGCCUGUACAUGACCAGCAACUUCAUCUCUCAUGUCCACAGAAAAGACAGCCACUUUUUUUUUUUUUUUAAACUUUUUUGUUGUUUCCUUGUUAAUAUUUUGGUUAAUAUGUAUUAAUGUGAGCCAAAAAAUUAAGUAUUUGACAUAUAAUGUACAUGUGGUGCACUGAUUUUUAAAAAUUUUUUAUUAUAAGCUUUAUUAUGAUUAAUACAAACCCACUUGUGUUUCUUUUUACUGAAAUAAAAAAGUACAAUGGAAUUAAUUUCAUAUUACUGCAACUCAGUAUUAAAGCACACCAAGUGUUAUAAUAAAGCAAAUAAAUCGGCUGGAUAAAAUUGUGAAUUCUGGUGUUCUGGUCUGGAUAUGUUAUGUCUUAAUACGUUUCCAGACAUUGUUCCUUAUCUAGGGCUUGUUUUGAUGAAUUAAAAGUUAAACAUCAUUUAGAGUUUCUGUUGUUUACAAAUGAAUGGGUGACUAGUAAGAUGGGUAACUGGAGAUGUGAAGGAAACAAGUGUGAUAACACGGGUACCUUUCUCUUUUUUUUUAUAGCCUGGUUUCAUUUAUUUAUUUAAACCCCAGCUGUAGUGUGUUCUGUAUAAGACCAUGCCAGGUAAAUGAGAUGGCUAUCUGACUAGGAUACUCAUCAAAAUGGCGGCUCAUGCACAGGACGGCAUUCACUAAAUUCCGGGGUUUCGUUACCACGACGUAAAACGGGCGUUUCUGGAGAUCUUGGAAAAACGCCCUCUUUCAAAAAGAAAGAAAAAGAAAAGGUCACCGAUCAUGCGCAGAGUGAUGCAUAACGAAAGAGAAAUAAAAGCAACGCUACGAUGGAUAAUGAAGGCCAAAACAGUCAUACAGACUGGCUCCCAACACAUUUCAAAAUAUGUUCAUUUUCGGAAGAGUACAUCACAGGAAUAGUUUCUUCAGAAGAAGAACUGAAACAUCUACUGGAAAGUCACAAGCGUGCAUCAGGCACAUCUUACACAGUUUGGUCUGAUGACAGUCACAAAAAACAGAAAGUGACACCACGAUGGCUAUGGAAAGUAGAAGACUAUUCAGAACAUGUCCCACUCUCUGUGAAAAGAAGGGGGAUAUAUGCUUGUCAGCACGGAAAGAACUACAAGAAGACAACCACAACAGAUGAUCUGGUGUGUAUCGCUACACAUUUGUUCACCACACUGGUUAUGAAUUUCAUGCAGAGGCAUACUGAACAUGAAUACACAAGAAGAAAAAUGCUCCAUAUUCAAAACAGCAAGAAAGUGGAUUGCCCAGCAAAACUUUAUGUGCGGUAUAUAGAAAGAUAUGAUCAGUUUGCUGUGGCUAAAACAAGUUCUAGAACCA